CUCCACUUUGGCCCCUUUUCUCCACUGGUUGGUAGCGUCAGGUGAUCAUCUUCCUUUCUUCAUCUAACUUUUCUUCCUCCAAUUGGAUUGAUUCCUUCGUUCCUACGAUCCUACGUUUAUACAUAUCGUUAUCUGAAUCUGGAUUUUGCUUUUUGGUUGGCCCGUUUUUGUGUGUUUCCAGGCCGAAGAAGCAAUAACUUGCUUGUUUGUUUGAUUGCUCGAACGAAAAGUGAAAUAAACGAUGGGUAGGCUUUUCCUAACUUUCCUGGAAGGGAAUAUGUACGGAUGCAAGUACUGUCACACGCAUCUGGCUCUCGAGGAUGACAUUGUGUCUAAGUCAUUCCAAAGCAGUCAUGGGAACGCUUAUCUAUUUGAUAAAGUUGUGAAUGUUACUGUUGGUGAGAGAGAAGAUAGGAUGAUGACAACUGGAAUGCACACUGUUGUUGACAUAUUCUGUGUGGGUUGUGGCUCUCCUCUUGGUUGGAAAUAUGAGAUUGCACGGGAAAAGCUUCAGAAGUACAAGGAAGGAAAAUUCAUUCUGGAGAGGUAUAUGAUUUUGGGGCCAAAUGGGACGAACUAUUUGAUGAGUCCAGAUGCCGAGGUUGAUGGCAGUGAUGCCGAUGAAGAAUGAGGACUGUGAUUACUCUGGGAAUGAUAGUAAUAAUAAUAAAAUGAUAAAUACCAAUUCUUCUCUAAUUGCACUUCUCUUCUAGCUACAGAAGUUACAAAAGAACAGGUGCGUGUAGUAGCUAGGCAGCUAUAAUUCUCAGGAUAUAGUGUCUUUUUUUUCUUUUGAGUUUAUAUCUUUUGUAGCAAUCAUUAACAACAAAGUUCUCUAUCAAAGUUCUUGUUGAUUUGGAACCAUAAUUUCCAAAUAUGGAUGGUUUGUUGCUUAUGGCUCUUCGUGCCACUCUUCUAAGGACUAUUGAAGUUUAUGAAAGUCUCAUUGCCAAGUAGCAGUGGAGUCUUUUUCUCAGGACCCUAAAUCAAACACUGAGGAGGAUGAAAGAUAAAGGAACAAGAUAGUGAGACUAAGUUCUGGACAGAAAAUAGAUUAUAAUGAAAAUCUGGGACAUGUAAAACAUCAAGGAGUUCUAUUCCAUUUUGUAAGAGAACAUUUCCUACAUGUAAAACACUUGCUUUGUGUCUUUUAGAUAUAGUAAUGGAGCAGGGUUUAAAGAUGUG